AUGGUUUUGCCGGUUGAACUAGAAUGUGAUGAAGAUUAUGACCAUGUAAUGGAUGUAGUGAUCUCAAAGUGUGGAGAAUUCGGUGAUUUGGUUAACCUAGUGAUUCCCCGUCUUAUUGGUAAUCCCUACGACGAUCGAGUUUUGGCAAAAGCCAGAGUCGGAAUGGUUUUUGUGGAGUACGAAGACGUCAAGACUGUGACAAGAGCAAGAGAAGGGUUGAAUGGCCGGAUUUUUUAUAAGAUUUCCGAGGGGAUUCCGGUGGUUGCCAACUUUUGUCCCAAGUACCAAUUCUCUCGAGGGAAUUAUGGGGCCAAGCUAAUUUGCUAA